AUGGGUACUAAUCAAGCAGAAGCUUCCCUCGCUAAGGAAUCGGCCAAGUCAGGAGAGUGGCCGCUUCCUUCAGUCGAGAGUCAUAUUGAAAGUCGCGUUGACAGUCAUGCUCAGGAGGAAACUAUCGAGCUUGGCUACUUGCCAUCGAGGUCAUCCACGCCGCACCUUGACACAGCGGAGGUUGGGCGGGUUCUCUUGCUCAGUCCUUUGCCUGGAAUCUCUGCUCGCUCACGGCGAGGCCCGCCUUCAGUUGCGCAUUCUCUGGCCUCUCCGUCAAUCUCUGAGUCGGGGGAAGGGGAAGAUCCUAGCUCGAUGGCGAGAUACCUCGCCCGACGAGCAACUCUGCUUGGCUGGUUUGAUGAAGGUGAAGUCGAGAGUGGCCUCCAACAUUGGUCAUCGACUUGCAUCGCUCUUCGCCUGCCCGACGACGAGUAUUCUUUCUUUCCGUACAAUGUCAAUCCAGCAUUGGGUGAUGCCAUUACCCGGCUGGGUGAGACGGCUGCAGUUGCUAUGUCAUCUCGAUUCACAUCUACUUUGAUCGACUCGAUUAUGCCGGGUCAGAAGAGUCUCAUUGUCGAGAGCACCAGUGCUCGUAUCCCUAUUGUCUAUUGUCUGAACGACGUCAGUUCCGAGCUGGCUCAUUUUGCACGAGCUUGCAUUAUAGUGCAAGAGAGGCUCGUGCUGGUCUGGUCGCACGACGCCGGCGCCAUUCUCAACGUGGCUUUCGAUGUUGAGAGACAGCUUGGAAAGAAGAACCGUCGUAUCUCAAACGUGACCACCCCCCGCAUUUCCGGACGCUCUUCUCCGCUCGACUUGGACACCGAGAGGCAGCUUUCAACUCAGGUCUCAACCAAGGCCAACAGCACUAUUACCCUGGUCCGUGGAGCACUCGAUGAGAAACAUGAGGUAUACAGCAAGGCCGUUGCCUUAGAAGAGGGCGUUGAGGAUGACGAAACUCCCGUUGACCUGGAAGGCAACCUGGCUCCUAGGCCAGUACACCGAAUCCAUACAUUCAAGAUCAGCUUUGCUAUCAUGCUGGUGGUUCUGACGCAGUCGCUUGGUGUGUCUCGGUUAAUCCAUGAGUACGCCUGGGACGGAAACUACAUUCGAUUUGCAUUGGUUGUGACCAUUCCACCACUCGCGGUGUUCUCUUUGUUCUUCUUCAUUGUCCUUGUUACCAGCGCCUUCCAGCUUUUCCUCCCAGCCAGCUUCUGCUUGAAGAACUCCAAGUUUCACUCAGCUAUCAAACCAAGCCGCAAGUUUCACCGUGACUAUGAACUGCCCCAUAUCACCAUUCAAAUGCCUGUGUACAAGGAGGGACUCAAAGGGGUCAUUGUCCCGACGAUUAUGAGUGUCCUUGCCGCCGUUCAAUACUACGAGGAGCAGGGAGGAACCGCAUCCGUCUUCAUCAACGAUGACGGUAUGCAGUGUAUCCAGCCCGAGCUGGCCGAAGCCCGCAGACAAUACUACCGUGAGAACGGAAUCGGCUACACAGCCCGUCUCCCCAACAAGAAAGGAUCUCAGAAGAAGAAACGAGGGGGCUUCAGUUGGUUCCGCAAGUCCAAGCCAGUCGAAGAGAGCACCGAAGCCGAGAACGAAGAAGACGCCACCAGCCCCCAGGCUAUCGCGAACAAGAUUGGCUUCGAGCGCAAGGGAAAGUUCAAAAAGGCCAGUAACAUGAACUACGGUCUCGCUUUCUCGAAUAGGGUCGAAGAUGAAAUGGUUCGCUUGACUGAGUUGGAGUGCCAACAGCGCGAAUGUACCAAUGAUGACUUGACUGUUGAGGAUGAUGAUCGGAUCUACAAGCAGGCUCUCGCUAAUAUGCUCGCUGAAGAUGAGGGUCGCACUUGGGCUGAAGGAAACAUUCGUAUCGGCGAACACAUUCUUAUCAUCGACUGCGAUACCCGAGUCCCUGUGGACUGCCUCCUUUACGGAGCCCUAGAGAUGCACGAGAGUCCCGAGGUCGCAAUUAUUCAACACGGCUCCGGUGUCAUGCAAGUGGUCCACAACACGUUUGAGAACGGAAUCGCUUAUUUCACCGACGUCGUCUACACAGCUAUCAAGUACGGUGUCGGCGGUGGCGAUGUCUCUCCCUUUGUCGGCCACAACGCCUUUCUCCGGUGGAAGGCUAUCCAGAGCAUUCAAUUUGUGGAUCCUUCGGAUGGCCAGACAAAGUGGUGGUCUGAUGCGCACGUCUCCGAGGAUUUCGAUAUCAGUCUUCGGCUGCAGAUGCAGGGCAUGACAGUUCGUCUGGCUACUUACCACAAUCGCGACUUUAAGGAGGGCGUGUCACUCACCUUGUAUGACGAGUUGACGCGCUGGGAGAAGUAUGCCUACGGUUGUAACGAGCUCGUCUUUCACCCCUUCUACCAAUGGCCAUACAGGGGCCCAGUGACGAAACUCUUCCUUCGUUUCCUAUGGAGUAACAUGCCUGUCACUAGCAAGGUAACCAUCAUUGCGUACAUUUUUACCUACUAUGCAAUCGCCUCCGGUAUGCUUUUGGCAACUGUCAAUUACGUCAUUGUCGGUCUCUUCAACUCCGAAAUCGAUCACAUCUACCUGCCAUCGUGGGGUAUUUGGAUAUCCUUGGUUGUCGUUUUCAACGGUAUUGGCUCGGUUGCAUUCAGCAUGGCCCGUCAUCAGCUGAAGGAGGUGGUCUUUUGGAAGGCCCUUCUUCAAUCCACGCUGUGGCUCCCGUUCCUGAUUAUCUUUUUCGGUGGCAUCAGUCUCAACUGUGCCAAAGCUAUUCUGUGCCACGCGUUUAGCGUCAACAUCGAGUGGUCGUCGACUGCCAAAGAGCCCGGUCCGUCUGGUUUCUUCAUUGGUCUUGACAAGAUGGUGAAGCAAUUCAAGUAUACUUGGGCUAUUUGCUUGUUCCUUGGUGCUGUGAUGAUCUAUAUGGCCCUCGGUACUCCUUGGGGCUGGAAGAUUAAGCCUGGUGAAUACUCGACCGCUACUAUUGCGAUUGCUCCGCUCGCUAUCCAGAUUUGCAAUGCGGCCGUCCUCCCCCUGAUCUUGGGUCUGAACUGA